AAAAAUUAAUAAUAAUAUUAUUAAAAGAAACAAUCACAUAUAUAUAUAUAAAAAAAAAUGUCUAGUAAUAAAAUACCACCAAAAACAAAACCUGUGAAUGAUCUUAUAAAAUUUUGGGCAUCACAACAACAAGAAGAGAAAGAAAAAUCAGGUUCAGAUUUAAAAUCUUCAAAAAGACCUUUAUCACCAAAUGCAUCUGUUCCAUCUUCUCCAAAACAACCUUUAUCUCCAAGGCAAAGAAAUUUUCGUGAUACUCCUACAAGUUCUCCACCUCUUUCUCCAACAAAUAUAAAUAGAUCGAUAACGGAUACAUCAAAGAGUAUUAUACAAAAAGAUAAUCCUGAACUUCAAAUAUCAAUAAAUGAUUUCACAACUUCUUCAAAUGAUGCGGAAUCUUCAUCAUCAUAUGUUACUUUUAUAAAAGAAAGUUCUCCAAUUAAUCCUCCAGAUGAAAGUAAUUUAACUGUUCAACUACGUGAUCCUACAAGUAGAGCAAAGGCUGCGACUCAAUUGGUUCAACGUGAUUCUUUACCACUUGUAAAAAAUGUGUCAGAUAUUGUAUCUAAAUUUGAAAAAGUUGUUUCACCUCCAACUUCUCCAACAACGUUGACUUCGAUGAAAAAAGGUCAAACUACAAUUCCUGAAUCAAUGUCAGCAAAACCAAUGUCUCCAGUAAAACGAAAUCAAACAAUUGAACCUUUAUCAAUUUCGCAACCAUUAUCUGAUGCUAUUUCAGAUACUUUGAUAUCAAAAUUGAAUCAAAGAGAUAUUAAUCCACUUGAUUUAUCAAUAACAACAACUUCUAAUGAAUCUUUAUCAUUUACGGAACCUUUAUAUAGUCCUAUCAAACCACCUUCAAUGAAACGAAGAUCAAAUAUUCCUGAUCCAAUUGUAAUUCCAUCACCAACAACUUCUACAAAUUCAGUUAAAGAAGUUCAAUUAUUUAAUGAUGAAUCUGAAACUAUAAUAUCACCUUCUAGUCCAAAAAAGGAACAAAAGGAACAAGUCGUUAAGGAACCAAAGAAAAUAACGUCUCCUAUUUCUUCUACGAUCAAAUCAAUUGUUUCUCCUACAAUCAAAUUGAAAUUAAAAUCAGACACAAAAUCAAAUUCAAAUGAUGAUCAAAAACCUAAAAUUGAAUCAAAACCAAAAUCAGAAAUAAAAUCUCCAAAAUUCGAAUCAUCUAAUAUUCAGUUAACUAAACGUCAUAUCGAAAAUUUACCACAAAUUAGACCAACUUCUGAGUUUGAUAUUGAUUUUCUUGAAAACACGUCAAGUUUACCUUUGAAACAAAAUGUUAAUACAGGAGGAGAAAAUUCAUCAAUUUCGAGACAGGUUGAACAAAAUCCAUUCAUUAACAAAUCAACUUCAUUAUCAAAUCAACAACAAUCUGUUUCCGAAUCAGAAUCAGGUCCUAUAUCACCUAAGAAAACGACAUCGAUUUUGGAACAAAAAUCCGUCAUUCCUAACAAAGUACCUAUUCCAGAACCAAAAUCCCCUAAGAAAACGACAUCGAUUUUGGAACAAAAAUCCGUGGUUUCUACCAAAGUACCUACUCCAGAACCAAAAUCCCCUAAGAAAACGACAUCGAUUUUGGAACAAAAAUCCGUCGUUCCUAUCAAAGUACCUACUCCAGAACCAAAAUCCCCAAUUUCUCCCAAAGAUGAUUCACAAAAAAGAUCCACAAUAUCAUCACCAAAAACAUUUACAGAGUCAUUGCCACAAGUUUCACUUUCAUCACCAACUGAUCAGGAAACCACGGAGGAUAUCUUAUCUGAUUAUACAUCUUCACCAAUUGCACAGUCCCCAAAUCUAGAUUCCACACCUAUUGGUUCAAUACCAAAUUCUCCAGAAUUUUUACAUUCAAAUUUUGCGUUAGAAUUAUUACCUGAAAUCACUCCAAUUUCACCUUUCUGGAAUCCAGCUGUUGCAACUGGAAGUAAUACUGUUUCUCCUCUUUGGAAACCAUUGCCGGAUAAUCAAAAUAGACCCAUUUCACCAAUUUUGAAACCUGAACCGGAUAAUUCUUUAAAUUCUUUAAGUCAGCAAAUUGCUUCUAUAAAGAAUGAAAUCGAAAGCAAUAAUAUCAACAAUAAUGACAACAACAAUAUAUUGACUAAAAGUGGAAGAAAAUCUUCUGAUUUAUGGUUCAAAAAGUCUUCGGCAUCAUUUUUAACGGUUCCGGAAUUUUUUCCUCAAUCUGCAACUUCAUUUCAAGAACCUGUAUCAAGAUCAUCUGGAGCAAAUUCUUCGGAUCUAACUGCUAAUUCAUAUAUUUUUUCCUUCUUAUCACAAGAUACUGAUUCCUGGAAUUUUUUUGCCGAAUCACCUAAUACUUCUUCAGCAAAUUUGAGAUUAGAUUUAAAUCCAUUUAAUUCAUAUUUAGAUAACGCUAAGGAAGAUAAUGAUGCUACAGAUGUGGAAAAUGAGGAUCAAAAUUAUAAUCCAUUUGUAGAUACUGAAGAACCAUCUGAACCAUCAGGUUUAUCAGGAGAUAAGAGAAAGAAAUAUUUGUCGGAGACCGUUUUAUAUCCACAAGCUAUCGCUAUUGAAAUGCAAGUAACACAUUCAAGAUCUUCAACUAGAAUUGAUGAUGAAAGUGAUCCAAUUAAUCCUGUCGUGAAUAUAAUAGAUAGUUCUGGAAACAUGAUUAGUUCAGAUGAUGAAUCACGUAAACAAAAAAAGUAUACAUCUGUACAAAGUUUAGAUUCAGUUGCGAAAUAUAAACAAAGGCGUCGUCAUACACAACAUAAAUAUAAACCUGUACAAAUACAAACAUAUCCUUACUCGGAGACACGUCCUCAAAGGUACACACUUUCCCUCGAAUUUAUUCUAAAGGAUAAACAGAAUAAUAUGACUGUAAAAGAUUUCAGUCCUAUAAUGAAUGAUGAUAAAGAGAACGCGAAUACUUUGGAUAUUUCUGUUGCCAAUAUGACCGAAUCACUUGAUCCUGCUUGUUCUUCAAGAUUUAUCAUAAAUCCAUUUGAUGGAUUUGAAAAAAAUGGACUUUUCUUACCUGGAACUCCUUGGGUAUAUUUACCACAUCUUGAUGAGUAUAUUCGAUCAUUUCCAAAAACAGAAUUCUCUAAUCCAAAAGAGGUUAUGACUUCUGAGGAAUAUGAAAAUUUCUUGGCACAAGGAAAAUCUUUUAAAAAUCCUGAAAAUUUGUUCCCUCUUAUUAGUCAAUCCACGGAUAAUUAUCCUAAUAAUACUCCAUCUACAAGUCAAGUGAAAGGAAAAGACGAAAGUAAAAAUGAUGGACCUUCUGAGAGGGGAAUCGCUAGGUCUUUGCCUCCUUCUUCAGAAGGAUGUCAAGAAUCUACCUCGAUAUUGUAUGAACAAAGAUUUUUGAAAUUAGAAAUAAUAAGAGAUUUCAUACAGUUCACAGCAUUAGCUUUGUCUUUUGUAACACCAGGAAUGCUUGGUAAUGAUCGUAUUUAUAUAUUGUUAAGAUCAGUACCUAAUUUCAUGAGUUUUAAUAUGGAUCAAGUAUUUGGAUUUGGAGCUGUAUUCCUUUUGAUAUUUUGUGUUAUUGGAUUUGUUUGCUUGUUCAUGUUCAGGAAAAUUGCAAAUUGGAAGAAAGUUACAGACGUUGAGAAUCUUGAAUCAUCCUCUCGCUUUUCCUUACUUCAAAGUCACAUAAUAGUAUUUAUUCUCACAACAUUAUAUGUUCCGUUAACAAAAUUAUCAUUGGAUGCAUUAGUUUGGUCUGAUAAUUUUUGGCCAGUGAAGAAUCCUUACCUUCCCGAUGUUGAUUUCCCAGAUUUUGUUGACGUAGGAAAUGGUGCUUUACGUUCUCCAAAAGAUUUCUGUUAUGUUACAAGUAUGAAUAAGAAUGAUACGAAUCUUUCGCCUUUCAUAAUUGCUUUGGGGAUAUUGAAUUUGGCCUUGAUCUCCUUUUGGUUCCCAAUUAAAUUAAGGAAAACAGUGAAUAAGCACAUGAAUAGGUUUGGUUUUGCUAGAAAUGACAAAGAUGAGGAGGAUGAUAAUAAGAAAAAUCCUCACAAAUUUAUAUAUGAUGGUUAUAAUGAUAAUUGGAGUACUUAUAAAUCAUUCAUAAUGAUAAUGAAAUUCCUCCUUAUUUUCUUGAUAGUCGUUUUUUCCAAGGAUAAUUGUUUAUUCAGAUCAACGACGCGUCAGCGAAUUUCCACCAUAGCGCAAGCAUUAAAAAUUGUAUUAUUUGUGUUAUUUUUCAUACCACAUUGGAAGAGCGAGCCAUUCGUUUAUUCAAAUUUCAAUACUGCUGAAUAUUGGUCUAGAUUUGCAUAUUUGAUAACAAGUUUUGUCGGAUUGCUUAUUGUAUUACAAGCAGGACCUAUUCAAGGGUAUGGUAUUGGAUUAUUCGUAAUUAACAUUGCAGUUUUAACAAUAAUCAUUUGGUAUCUAUGUAAAGAGAUAAAUUAUUUUAAUACGAGAUAUGCGGGAAGUGAUAGCGCUUAUGGAACCAGAAGUGUAGUUGGUGGUGGAAGAAAUUUUGGAAAAAAGGAAUUAGAAUUUUCAUUUGACAUUUCAUCAUCAGGUUUAGAUUUUGAUAAAUUCAUAAAAGAAAGGAUAUGGCAAGAUACUUGGACAAAAUUACUUUUAACUAAUGAUAAUUUUAAACCGCCAGCGGGAAAAACUUUAUCAUUUAAUGAGGAAAGUGAAGUUCCAUAUUUAUUAGAUUUUAGCGGAAGCGUAGGAGAAAGACAUAUUGAAAAUAGUAAAAUAUUAUCAAAAGUAGGUUCACAAAGUUAUGUUUUAUCUUUGAAAACCUUAUCAUCAUCAAUGUCUAGUAUAAGAUCAAAAAUCUUGAAUAAUUAUGUUGGAGUUGAUAUGUAUUAUGCUGAAGAAUAUCCAAAUGUUAAGGAAACAUAUUUCGGAAAAGCUUCUGUUAUACCUUUCCCAUUUUGUAUUGUAAUUUGUUAUGAUGAAAAUGAUAAUAUCGUAACAUUGAAACAAGAAUGGGAAAUUCAAAGAUAUUUACAACAAAAUGAAGACGAAGUAAUUCAACGAAGAAGAUUGAUUAGACAAAAGAUCAGAGCUUUGGAGGGAAAGAAUAUUAUUGGACCUUGCUUUACAGAUUCGGAUAAGGUUCAUAAUCAUCGAGGUGUCUUGUCUAUUCAAAGGAAACAAGAAUCACUUUGGCGUGAACAUAAUAUGAAUCCCGGAUUUAAAGUUACAAUUACAUAUACAGACUCCACAUAUAAGGGAAAUCAAUGCCCUCAAGUUGUUGGACAUAAUGUUAUUGGUAUAACCGGUGACUUUAAGAUGACACAUCAACUUGAAAAACUAUUCGGGGAUAAUCGUGAAUUGAUUGGAUUGGGUCUUGUUCAAAUACAGAAGACUAUGGAUGAAUACCGCCAAUAUUGUCAGAAUGAAUCAAUAUCAAAAGAAACAACACUAACAUACGGAUUUCAUAUUAAUGUAUUUAAUAACCCAUCAAUAUCUUUGGAAGCACUUCCAUCCUUAUUAAUAACCACAGAAAAGAAUCAGCUUGUUCAAUCGAUACCGGAACGUGAAUAUCCGACAAUGAUUUAUUUAUAUGAACGUAUGAGAGCGGUUCAUACAUCAAAAGUACAUCAAUGGUGGUACUUAUUCUGGGAAGAUUUAUGGAAAAACAAUGGACAGCAAAUUCCACAUUUACGUAAAUAUGAACAAGAUUUUUCACCAUUAUAUCGAUCAAGCAUAUGUUAUCAACCAAUGGAACGAUGUGACUUGGAAGAUUUUAUGGAAAGAAGAGGAUUAUGGACAAAUAACGGAAAAUAUGGAUUAUUCCAUUCGGGUGUAUUGAAUAGAAUAUAUUUAUAUUUAAAUAGUGUCGUAUUUAGUAGGAAAGGUAAAGAUGGGUCACCUAAAAAAUGGCGUAUUUCAAAGGAUAGUAUACAAGAUCAACUAGGAGAAAAAAGUGAAAGGAAUACUAUUAUUGAUAAAGUUGGAAUAGUGAAAAGUGUAAUAAAUAGGAAUUCACAUAAUAGUAAAAAAGAUUGUUAUGUUAUGAGAGAAGAAGAUAGUGAAUCUGAUUUUGAAGAUGUUGAACUUGAUAAUACUAAUAAUAAUAGUGUUAGUGAUGAUGAAACUUUAUGUUAUUAAUGUAAAAAAAAAAGUAAUAAUUAGUCGUUUAUUUAUUUUAAUAGAAAAAAAAUUACUUUUAUUUUUUUUUUCUCAAACAUU